AUGAAAUUUGCGGCCGAAAAAGAGACGAGCAAGCAAUUAGCUUAAUAUGAUUACUUCUAGAUAUGCUCUAGCUGCGCAGCAUCGUGAAACGCCCUUUUUCUCCUUCUUGCUGCCACCAUUGAAUGCAUGUAGGGCCUCACAGUCGGCUCAAAACUCCUUAUCCAAGUGAAAUCUUAAGAUAACCCAGAAGUGCUAAUAGCUAAACUCACUUCUCGCUCAAUCAAAUUUUCCUCGAACACCUACUCGGGCUAAGGGUUCUCUUUUUAUAUCUGCAGGGGAAAGAGGUAAAGCACGAUACAUAAGGUGGGCGAAGUAUAUAAUUCAUUGCCAUUUUCUCUCCUUGUGCAGAAGUCCACGUAUAAAACUUAGCCCCAUAAUAAAUUUGGAGGAGGGAAAAAGAAUUCAGAAGUAAUUGACUUUUCACCCAAAGCCAUAUUAUUAUGAACGAAAAAGAGACACUUGAGACGAUCUCCAUCCCAAGUGUAUUUACUAAUAUGCCAUCCUUGCUUGUCCCACAAGUAAAUGAUCAAGUAUGGCCAAUCUGUUUGUCCCUGCCUUGCAUUUUCUCCAAUGAGACUCUUCAGCCUGUCCACCUCGAGCCAGGCGAAACUCAAGAGCCUUCAUCCAUAAAUGUUCCUGAUGAGCAAAAGCCCACCCGUAUUGUUCCUAUAUGCACGCAUUACGAUAAAAAACACUAUGCGAAAAAUAUGUGCAACAAUUGUUAUCAUAGAUUCGGAAGAGACAAAUUAGCAUGGAAUUGCCCUCACAAGGACAGACAGCAUUACGCCAAAGGCAAGUGCCAGUUGUGUUAUUUGCAAAAUUAUCAUAGAUCUAACUCCCCCCUUCUGAGCAAACAAACGAUGAGAGAAAUCCCUAAAAACCCACCCUCCGCGAGCAAACAAAAUUUUUUUUUGAUAUAUAAGUGAUAAUUAGUAUAAUGAAAUCUCGAGCUAAUUAUGUUUAAUUUUAAACAAAUUGCAUUUUAAAACAUAAAUUUUAUAAAUUAAAUUAAUACUUUCCAAUUUUUGCGAAGUGAGAAAAAAAAACUAACCCCUCCUAGAUCGAACAAGGAUUUUUUGUUCGCUCACAGAGGAGGAGUAAGGUGUUUGGCAAGAGAAGAAAGAGAAGAAACACUAAACCUCAGGGUGAAACCCAAAUUAAACAAUAA